AUCAUCUCGUGACUUGGUAAACGCUGACUAGCACUGGGAGUAUUAAGUAAUGAAAGUUGCGGUUACAAUCUACUUGCAUUUGAUAAGAAGAUAACACAGUAGUGUAAAAUUGACGGAAGCAUUUUCACCAUGACACAUCAACCACUUAUCAAAACAAGGAAGACAGAGAAAAUAAUCGAUGGGAUAUUGACACAAGUAGUUUGUACAGAAUUCAGCAACUACAUCUUCAUUGUGCUGACACAGUAUGGAAAGAUUGGGACACUUGUAUCUAUAACACCUGACUUGAAAUCCAGUGACAUCAGCACCAGCAUGUUUACUACAAAAGUGCUGCUGGGAAAAGAUGAGGCACUUAUUCAUGUCUAUGCAAAAAAUGUCGCCACAUUUGUUUGCCAGGAGGCAGGAAAUCGACCUGUUCUUUUGGGGCUUGCACUUAAAGACUGCAAAGCUGAAAAUAUGAAGACGUUUAAAGACAUGAUCAAAAGCUGCAGCGUAUGGUGACCAAGGACAUUUCAUUCAAAGUAUAAGUAGUUUUGAAUGUAUGUAGUUUUUGUUUUACUGAUACACUUACGUUUUGAUUCCUGUUCAGCUUGUUUUCCUUCAGACAAAUGAAGGCAAUAUUGUUCAAAGAAGAAUGAUUAUGAAGUCAGUCUUGUGAUUUGUAGUUUUUUUGGUAAUUUUAGAGAAAUCUGGUUUUCAUUAUGGAUGCCUAAAUUUAUUACAUCCUUUACUAGAAUAUUAUGUGCUAAUGUAUGAGGGUGUCACACAUACUACUUGAGACUUUGUUUUUAGUACCCAUGUUAACAAGAGGUGUGUUUUUUAACUCAAGCCAGAUACAGUUUAAUUCUAUUAAGCAAAAAAGGUCUUGUUGGAAAAAGCACCUAUUGCCCAAAUUUCAACUGCUUCAUGUAAACCGGCUUUAUCUUGAGAAGUGGUUUUAUUAUUUUUUUUUUAUUGUGAUUUAUUUAUUAAUAUUCUUUAAAGCUCUGGCAUUACAGAAUGUGUCCGUGUUAAUUCCCAUUUAAUAACAUUGUUAAUAGUAAGAUGGUCAUCACUUUCUUAUUGCUUCAAUAAAGCCAUUUGUUUCAUACCAAAACAUUGCCUGGAUGUAUUUACACAACUGCAUUUUAUAAAAACAGAAUUUGAACCAACCUGAAACAUUAGACCACUUAGGCUUUCUAGUUUUUGUUACAGUAAUCUAAUUUGUAAACUUUGCAAUAAAAAAUGUGGAAUGUUUCAAAA